AUGGCUCCUUCUAGAUUUGCCUACUGCUUAGCUAGAGAGAGGGUGCUCAAAGGGGGGAGAAGGAGAAGGAAGGAGAGGAGGAAAAGGCCUGGCUGCCCUCGUCACUGCCAGCUCCGUCACCGUCGUUACCAUUGGAGCUGCGCGAGGCCAUCGUCACCAUUGGAGCUUCGUAAAGCCGUCAUCGCCAUCGCCAUCGUCGCCAUCGAUGGUUCUCUUAGUCGUUUGUGGGCUGUCACCUUUUCUGCUUCUGUUGUCACGCCGUCGUCUGCCCCUCUGGACGUCACUGUUUUUGAAUCGCGCCCUGUCACUUGUUCUCUACCUCCUCGGUUUGGCCCACCUCUAAUUAGUUCAGAUUGUGAUAAUUUACAGGACACAUGUCCAGCAGUUCCACCCAAAACUCAGACCAUUUUCAUCAACGGCUUACCCUGCAAAAACCCAGCCAAUGUAACUGCUCAAGAUUUCAAGACCGAUGAACUAAGCAACCCCGGCACGGCCGACAUUUUCGGAGCAUCAAUAAAAAUUGUCGGGGCGGCCGAGUUUUCCGGCCUGAACACUCUUGGCCUCUCAAUUGGCAGAACUGGCAUCGACAGGGACGGCCUGGAUAACUUCCAUUACCAUCCUAGAGCAACCGAGAUGAUCUUCGUCUCCAAAGGUGCUUUGAUUGCCGGAUUCAUCGACACGAAAAACCAGAUCUUCCAGAAGUAUCUAAGAGUUGGAGAUGUUUUCGUGUUCCCCAAGGGAUUGUUCCAUUUCUCCCUAAGUCAUGGUUUUGAGGAUGCUACUUUUUUCUCUGUGUUCAAUAGUCAGAAUCCAGGGCUUGUUUCCCUUAACCCUACUUAUUUUGAUCACACUUUGGAAUCAAUAGAGAAGCUAAAGAGGAGAAUUGUUUCGCUUUCUAAGUUGGAAGUUCCUGACUCCUCGCCGGAACUAGAAAGGAUUUACAGCUAGCUACUCCAAGCUGCUGUGAUGUUUCAUGACCUACUAAAUACUGUCUAGUUCAAUUUAUUUGUUUCAAUUUUUCUAUUAAUUCAUGAAAGCAUGCUGUGUGUACUAUUCCGGGGAAUGAGAUUGUUAUAGCUAGGUUCAAAUGUAACUUAUAUAUCCUUCCAAUUAAUAUUUUGAAGACAAGAACUUGCCAAGAAUAACAUGUAGUUUACAAUUGAUGACUAAAGUGUGAAAGGAAUUUUACUUCCUAAA